CAAUAAAAUUUAGUUAUUAACUCAAUUUAUUCGUGAAAAGUUGCCCAGCAAUAAUGUUAGCAAAAACAGUUAUUGCAUUAUUGAGUUUAGCCCUAGUGGCUGAAGCUGCCUUGGUUCGCAUACCCAUUAAAAAAGUUAGGGUAACGAAGAACAAGGCCAACGAACUAUACAAACUCCAGAGCAAAUACAACAUAUCAAGCUAUACUGUCACCGAGAGUUUGAUCAACUAUAUGGACGAUUCGUAUUUCGGUGUUAUAUCAAUUGGCACACCUCCUCAGGAAUUUUUGGUACUCUUUGACACUGGAUCUUCCAACUUGUGGGUUCCUGUAGCUCCCUGUUCCACUACUAAUGCUGCCUGUCAAAGUCACAAUACCUAUGACCCCUCCGCCUCGUGCACAUCUGUAUUCCUUGACGAGCCCUUCGCCAUUCAGUAUGGCACUGGCAGUUUAAGUGGUUAUUUGUUCCUCGACAGCGUGACCAUUCAAGGUUUGACAAUUCAAAAUCAAAUAUUCGCUGGUGCCACUAGUGAACCGGGUAACACCUUUACCGAUGCCCUAUUUGAUGGUAUUUUGGGUAUGGCCUUUGCCAACAUUGCCCAAGAUGGUGUUGUGCCACCCUUCUACAAUAUGUACUUCCAAGGUUUGUUGGACGCCCCCAUAUUUUCUUUCUACUUGGCUCGCAAUGGUAGUUCACUCAGUGGUGGUGAAAUGAUUUUGGGUGGCGUCGAUCCCAAUCAGUAUACCGGCAAUAUUACCUACGUUCCUGUUUCCCAAAAAGGCUAUUGGCAAUUCGAAAUAACCUCGGCCGUUGUAAAUGGCACUAAUGUUUGUGAUCAGUGCCAAGGUAUUGCCGAUACGGGUACUUCCCUCAUCGCUGUUCCCGAUGACCAAUAUGAAAAUAUACAAGCUGCCAUUGGUGCCGUGUAUGAUGAAGACUACAGUGCCUAUUUAUUGAAUUGCUCCAGCAUUGAUAGCUUGCCUGUCCUCAACUUUACCAUUGGUGGCGCCCAAUUCACCGUUGAAGGCAAUGACUAUGUCAUUCAGAUGGACGGAAUAUGUUCUUCGGCUUUUGAAACUUCCGGUGCUAACUUCUGGAUAUUGGGAGAUAUUUUCAUUGGUAAAUAUUAUACUGUUUUCGAUAUGGCCAAUAUGGUAGUUGGUUUCGCUCUUGCUGUUUAAAAAAAUUGUGAAGGAUUAAUAAAUAUUAUUAAAAAUAAGUGCUAAAAUAUUAAAA